GGAAGAGCCAGACUCGCCCAUCUCAUCGCCGUCCGGCUGUGAAAUAAUUCGCUCCGACGUCGUCCACGGGGCAUCCCCAGAUCCCGUCAAGAUCACCUCAUUCUAAUCCGAUCUCGCCUUUGGGUUGAUACACCUAUUUCUCUGGUGCUGUGACCUUCCCCCCCGGCUGUAUCACCAGUCAGUCAUCGCGUUGUCUGGCCUGCGCUGUACUUUGUCUGCAGCUUGCUCCAAGCAACAAGCGGCAACCAGCAUGCCUUGCACAACAGUUGCAUGAAACACGUCGCUCUCAUUUCCUCUCCAUUAAAGGAACAUGAAUGCUUGGGUUCAUCAUGGCGCCUUCUUAGGAGCUGGCGCACCCACCCAUUCUCGCUCAAUAUCUUUGGGGCCACCCAUGAGCACGCCGCGAAACCACCUUUCCAAAGCACAGUCCGCUUCCAAUCUGCGAACGAUGGCGACCGUAGACUCUUCUCCUCCUGAACCACCGAAACCGCAGGGGGCCUCUCCAGACAACUCCUUCCGGACCAUCGCAGAUCCGAGGAAUGCAAAUGCGUCCAACCUCUCCAGAUCCAACUCGACGCCCUCAAAACAUCCCGAUGUCAAUGCCGAAGUUGCCGCUCUAAGCAACAAACUCAUCAGUGCAAUCAACCAUCAAACUACCCUGGACGAUACUCUUGCACAGACAAGACAAGAGUUGGAAGCCUCGAAAGCACGUAUCGCACGACUGGAGGCAGAAGCUAAAGCAUAUGAAGAAAAGAUCUCGCGAGGGGACCUGCUUCCAAAGGGAAAGGUCGAUGAACAAAAGGAUAAGCUUACAGCGGAGCUGGUCGAGGAGAAGAAACAAAGGGCACAAGUCCUCCAAGAAAAGCGUGGAAUAGAGUCGGAGCUAGAAACACUGACAGCAUCAUUGUUCGAUGAAGCAAAUAAAAUGGUGGCCUCGGCCAACCGAGACCGGGACGCCACCGAGAAGAAGAAUCAGCAGCUCCGUGACCAGAUCAAGGACGGCGAGGCUUUGAUAGCCUCUCAGACCGAGCAACUGGCGGAGUUGAAAACCUUGAUGCAGCAAAUUGGCCCAGCUUCAGACUACCGAAGGGAACUUGACUCCCCGCGAGUGUCACUAGCACCCUCAAGCCCUGGUGUGGCAAGAGAAGGCAGCGAUCUCGCUCGCCUCCUUGAAGCGAUGAACCUAUCCCCCGUUACACUCGAGCAUGGAGAACUCGCCCCGAGCCCUUCUACCACUCUAACACACCUCGUCAAACCACUCUGCCGAACAGAUAUCCCGGCGUAUGAGGAUUUCAGGAAUCUUGUACAAACGUCCCAUUUUCGGUCGCAUAAUCCUUCUCAUGCCCCGUCCAGAGCAGGCUCUGGCUCCUACGGCGGGUUAAAUGUGAUGGGUCUAGGCUCGCUGAGUAAUCACUCGCAACCAAACCUGUCACAGAUCCCUCAACCAGCAACGUCGAAGCUCGCCAAUUCUCCAAACAUUCCUGGCUCAUUUAGUCCCAACCCCGAUGCCAAGGGACCUGUUCCACUCAGAGAAACCCGCUUUUUCAAGCGCAUUCUGGUCGAAGAUAUUGAGCCCACCCUCCGCCUUGACCUCUCACCAUCCCUCUCCUGGUUGAAUCGGCGCAGCAUUCUUGCAGCCAUGGGCGAUUCUACUCUUAUCGUCGAACCAAUUCCCGAGGCAUCCAUCAAGCUGUACGGAAAAUAUACCCCUUGCGCCCUAUGCGGAGAAAACAGGAAACAAGGGGAAAACCCUCGAACCCAUGCCAUGCGUGUUCGUGAAGGGGAAAGUGCUACUCGAUGGUGCAUCUGCACUCUAUGCUUAGAGAAGGUGCGUGGUGUGGGUGAUCUGGUCGCCUAUAUACGCAUGGUUCGUGAGGGAGUGGUCAAGGUCGGUGACAAAAAGGAUGAGGAGGACGCAUGGGAAGAACUGGUACGGUUGAGGGAGCGCUUAUUCUGGGCUAGAAUGGCCGGUGGCGUGGUGCCUGCGUUCAUUCCUACCCCGAAACAAACUCCCGUCGAUGAUGCCAAAAUGGGCGCGGAGUUGGAUGAACAAAGGCACGAUGAAAAAGACAACGAUACAUCUGGUGAAGGAGCCGGUACCCCACCGCAACACCCGACGAGCACAGCGGUGGAGAUGUCUCAGCGCUUAACGCCCGGCACCGAUGAUGCCGAACCCGAAUCUGCAGACGAAACCGCCGCGCGCCUGCAACUCCAGCAGGGACUCGACGAGAGUCUAACUACGUUCGACAAUAUUCGGGAAAACAAGAGGAUAAGUAUGGGCAGUCGACAGAACUCGACAACGCCGCCGUCAACGCCGUCGCCGCCCAAAGGUCUUCCAAAGAGGGAGUCUAGUACUGGCGGGGGCAUCUCAUUCCCAAAGAUUAAUAUUCCCAGACUGCCGCAGGGCUUCUGGGAAGCCCAAGUAAACACCCUUCGUUAGGGGCUCGGUGAGACAAACCAAAUCGGCUAGAGGGGGUUCAAUUGGGAUGCAAGGACUAUGUACAUUAUAAUCUGAUACACAGCAGCAGCACUAGCGAGACGUUCAUUUCUUGGGAAGGCCGGUAAGAAGAAGCUCACGACCACAGCAACAUGAAGAUGCAGGGAUCUUGUCGAGCCAACGCCUUUAACAAGCGAGGAUUCGAGGCCCUGGGACACGGAGCCUAGCCAAAAUGCCUCUUUGUAUAUUAGCCAUAUAUCUUCGGAGCGGGACAGGUUCAUACGGCGGAAUCCUUGAAGACUUACAGCAAUGAACGAGGAGGACAGGGCGCGGAAAGGCCUCAGGUAGCGGCCUGGUCUGGAGUUUGACCGUUGAAAAUAAUAAUCAUUCGAACCAGAGCGAUGAAGGAGAGAGGUGCCUCUUGUUCCCGGGCUUGUCUAGUGACUUUGAAGGAUGGAUUAGUCUUUAUUCAACAGGUUGGCCGGCGAUUGAAUUACACUGAUUGUAAAGUUUUCUGGUGGCCCACUUUGCGAAUGGCAAGAAGAGCAUUGCCAGCAGUUGCAGGAAUGACAAGAUGUCGCCUC